AUGAAACGGAGUUUUGGGAAAUUUAUCAGUCAAUCUCAGAUCCGGGAGAGAGCGCGGCAUAAGGUGAACAGGAUAUCAACAGAUAAUUUUUCUAUGGCUCAAAAGAAAAUAAGUGUGCGGGGCUUGCCUGACAACAACAUCUCAAGUUCUUCAAGGUACUGGCGUGCGAGAGGUUUGAUUGAGAAUGAGAGUGGCCAUGGGCAACCGUCCUGGAUUGAGGAACAAGAACAAUUCGCAAAGCUGCAUAAAAUACCAUAUAAUGGAAAGGGAGAAGUUGCGACGGAAUUGGCCGAUAACAUCGAAAAAUAUUUAGAUAAGGUUCGAGCUAGGUUCAAAAAAGAGGAGGAUAUAAGCGACAUGAAACUGGCACAGAAACUUGCGGUUUACAAGAAGCAGUGGAUGCGCCUCUACGACGGGGUGGAUCCUGAUUCUCUGGUCCUCAACGGAACGGAGACGGUUGAAGUCAGAGAGCUGAAAAAAGCAUACGACAAGGCAAUCAAGGCCCUAAAAAGAGAACAUUCCCCUAUAAUACAUCCAUCACCGAGAUCAUCAAACUUUGACUAUUUUUGUAAUGGCAUUCGGCUACUUGCAUCAAAAAAGACAAUAUGUUUUUGCCUAGACGCAGAAGCGUUCGAGUUUGAUAAUGAUAUGGUCACCGAGAUAGGUAUCUCAAUAUAUGAUCCCAGAGAGAAUUUUUUUUCAUUCGUUCCGAUAACGAGAAAUUAUCAUAUAAUCAUUUCGGAAGCGCUGACUGUGCGAAAUUCAAAAUUUGUCAUCGAUUCCAAAGACUGCUACCAGCUUGGCGAAAGCCUCGUUCUUUCCUUGGGCGAGUGUGUGGAGUUUGUCCAGGCUCUUAUAGAUUUCUAUCUCGAACCGAGAACCGUUGAGGACGAAUCAUGGUCAAGGGCGCUCGUGGGGCACAACGUCCAGGGGGACAUCUCCUGGCUCAAGCAAAUGGGUAUCAAGAUCCCCAAAGUCGCCAAAAACCACUCAGACAACCUGGACUACCAACUAAGUCACGUGAAUGCCCCCAACGAGCCCAUCUUUGUGCUGGAUACUGAGAAACUGUAUAGAUUUACUUACGGAAACAAGGGCGGUAGCCUAGGCAAGCUGCUUCGUCUUCUGAAAAUACCGCACUCCUUCUUACACAACGCUGGUAACGACGCCUACUAUACGCUACAGUUGCUUCUACGCAUGUGUGACAUCAACUACCGGAAGCAAAACGGGCUUGACGAUCUGAUUGAGAUGAACCGUCGCAUCGAACAAUGGCUCCAGCGUGAGCGCGAGGAGCCGAAAGUCGUCCCGAUGUCCUAUUUGGAAACAGUCAAGACCUUCCACGAUUCAUCGCGAAUCAAAAAAGAUUCGAACCCGUCCGGAAAGAAAAAAGGUAAGACCCUCGUUCAUCAAACGGAAUUUGGUGGCUCGCAAUGGUACCCAACAGCUCGGGAAGCUUUUCUCAGUACCUUGAGAUAG